AUGUUACGGCUUGGUGUCCGCUCUCAGAUGGAAACUGAUGGGGACAGCGGCCAUCCCACUCCAAGAGACGAGGAAGAUUCAGCGGAGGAUAGCAAAGGAAGUCUCUGUGACCUGACUCCACCUCUUACUUCAACACCUAUUGCACAUCGUAUAAACAAUGUAUCUGUACGCAGCUUUUUCGAGAGAUCUGAGAAACAAGCGACGGGUGUUAAUGGUACUACAGAAGGUGUUGCUCUAGUGGAGAGUGUGAGGCAGUUGAUCCACUCAACCAAGAAGAAUCGCCGAUUAGCAAAGGAAAACGAAAGAUUUCUUAACGAAAGUGCUGCAUGGUACCAAGAAAAGUCCUUCUUAGAGAAGCAGGUGAAAGAUGGCGAAGCUACCAUAGAAUUACUGCAGAAAGAGGUCCAGGAAAAGCACAAUACAAUUGCUGCUCUAGAAAAACGCGUGGCUGAAUUGCUGCAGAGCUUUUCCGAACAUCCUGCAGAAGAGGUUUCCGAGGCAGCUGCGGAGCUGAUUCUGGAUAAAAAGGAUGAAGGCACGCAAUGCGAAACUGAUAGUCAUGAUGUAGGAAUACAGUUGGAAGAGAAUACCGAGGGUCUUGCAACGUUGAAACAGGAGAUAGCUGUAUUGAGUGCUGAGAAUAAAGAACUAUGUCAUAAGUUGAGCAAUCUGCAAGAUAUUGUGGACGAUGUAUCCAGACUGCGUAAGGAGCAGGAGUAUCUGCGAGAGAAAUGUUCCUUUCUGGAAACGGAAAAUGUUGAAGUUCGGAAAGAAGAGGAGAAAUUAUUGAAGGAUAUCGCGAAUAAGGACGCAGAGCUUAUUAAAAUCAAAGAGGAGAAGCAACUUUUGACUGAUGAACUUGAUCGACUCCGUACGGAAACAAAACACUCGGCAGAUCUGCUCAAAAAGAACCAAGAGUUAGAGCGAUUUCAACUGGAAAGUGAGAAAUUGCUGGAAGAACAUAAGAUGCAAAUUUCGGGGCUAAGAUCAUGUGUUGCAUCUUACGAACAAACAAUACAAUCUUUAAGGGAAUGUGAGAUAGACAUGAAAAAGCAGAUUGAUAAUAAGCUGGUUGAAGCUGAGAAGUUGGAUCAGGAGUGUCGUACCUUACGAAAUGUGGGAGAUAAACUUACUCAAGAAAGUAUGUUCGCAAACCUACUUAAUAGUGAGCUGCAGCUCAAAUUAUCGCAGGCUCACAGUGAAAUCGACGAACUGCGUAGUUCUCUAUCUAGGGAACAGAAUGCACGGAAAACAGAAAUGGAAUCGAAGCGUUGCAUGGCUGAAUUGAAUAAAAAGCUUCAAGAGUCUACCAGUCGCUUGGACGAACUGCGCUUACUGAACGAGAAAAUGUCUGUCGAGCUUGAUUACCUUCGUCAGAAAUCUGCGAACAGUGCUAGUAAAGAAGAAAUGGAACAACUCUCUGCAACACUUUCCCGGUGUCAGCAUGAUCUUGAAAUUGCACUCAGCGAGAAAAAUUCACUAUUGGAGAAAGAGGAGCAUUAUCGGCAAGAAAUUGCGAAGACAGAGUCACUGAGAUUUGAAAUAAAGAGCCGUGACACCAUUAUUGCUGAAUAUCGUUCUGCUGAAGAGAAACUUCAGUCUGAUUUGGAGGAUAGCAAAGGAAGUCUCUGUGACCUGACUCCACCUCUUACUUCAACACCUAUUGCACAUCGUAUAAACAAUGUAUCUGUACGCAGCUUUUUCGAUCAAUUUCUUGGUCAACGUAGCCGACGGAGUACUUGUGAUACAGUAUGGUUAAAUAUGAAAAUGUGGAUUAGACUGGAGAGUGUGAGGCAGUUGAUCCACUCAACCAAGAAGAAUCGCCGAUUAGCAAAGGAAAACGAAAGAUUUCUUAACGAAAGUGCUGCAUGGUACCAAGAAAAGUCCUUCUUAGAGAAGCAGGUGAAAGAUGGCGAAGCUACCAUAGAAUUACUGCAGAAAGAGGUCCAGGAAAAGCACAAUACAAUUGCUGCUCUAGAAAAACGCGUGGCUGAAUUGCUGCAGAGCUUUUCCGAACAUCCUGCAGAAGAGGUUUCCGAGGCAGCUGCGGAGCUGAUUCUGGAUAAAAAGGAUGAAGGCACGCAAUGCGAAACUGAUAGUCAUGAUGUAGGAAUACAGUUGGAAGAGAAUACCGAGGGUCUUGCAACGUUGAAACAGGAGAUAGCUGUAUUGAGUGCUGAGAAUAAAGAACUAUGUCAUAAGUUGAGCAAUCUGCAAGAUAUUGUGGACGAUGUAUCCAGACUGCGUAAGGAGCAGGAGUAUCUGCGAGAGAAAUGUUCCUUUCUGGAAACGGAAAAUGUUGAAGUUCGGAAAGAAGAGGAGAAAUUAUUGAAGGAUAUCACGAAUAAGGACGCAGAGCUUAUUAAAAUCAAAGAGGAGAAGCAACUUUUGACUGAUGAACUUGAUCGACUCCGUACGGAAACAAAACACUCGGCAGAUCUGCUCAAAAAGAACCAAGAGUUAGAGCGAUUUCAACUGGAAAGUGAAAAAUUGCUGGAAGAGCAUAAGAUACAAAUUUCGGGCCUAAGAUCAUGUGUUGCAUCUUACGAACAAACAAUACAAUCUUUAAGGGAAUGUGAGAUAGACAUGAAAAAGCAGAUUGAUAAUAAGCUGGUUGAGGCUGAGAAGUUGGAUCAGGAGUGUCGUACCUUACGAAAUGUGGGAGAUAAACUUACUCAAGAAAGUAUGUUCGCAAACCUACUUAAUAGUGAGCUGCAGCUCAAAUUAUCGCAGGCUCACAGUGAAAUCGACGAACUGCGUAGUUCUCUAUCUAGGGAACAGAAUGCACGGAAAACAGAAAUGGAAUCGAAGCGUUGCAUGGCUGAAUUGAAUAAAAAGCUUCAAGAGUCUACCAGUCGCUUGGACGAACUGCGCUUACUGAACGAGAAAAUGUCUGUCGAGCUUGAUUACCUUCGUCAGAAAUCUGCGAACAGUGCUAGUAAAGAAGAAAUGGAACAACUCUCUGCAACACUUUCCCGGUGUCAGCAUGAUCUUGAAAUUGCACUCAGCGAGAAAAAUUCACUAUUGGAGAAAGAGGAGCAUUAUCGGCAAGAAAUUGCGAAGACAGAGUCACUGAGAUUUGAAAUAAAGAGCCGUGACACCAUUAUUGCUGAAUAUCGUUCUGCUGAAGAGAAACUUCAGUCUGAUUUGACUGCAAAAUCUAACGAACUCCUUAAAAUACAAACUCAGUUCGAUGAGCUUACUCACGAGUGUUGUAAGAUCCGAGAGGAGUACCACGUUUUCCAGGAAAGUGCAGAACAGCAGUACUGUGCUAUGUUAGAAGAGAAAUGUAAACAGAUUGAAGCAAUUUCAGCUCGUCUUGCUCAGUUAGAAUCGUAUCCAGGUGAUUUCAAACAGUUUUUGUUGGAUAUUUUAUUUUGA